AUGAAGAAGGAGCGGCAGCUGCAGAAUCUUCUUUUCAUGCAAUCAAAAGGAUACGCUGCGGAUGAUCGCCGAGGAACCACACUGGCACUGAAGCAGAAGACACUGAUGCUCGAGACGUUGCUGAAAGAAAAAACUGACGAAAUAAGUCAAUUGAAGACUGACAGGGAUGCUAUGAAAAUAUCAGAAUACCGUGAACAAAUCUCAGCUUUACAGAUGGAAUGUAACCGUUUAAAGCGGUAUUUCAGUUACGCCACUCCUCCAUCCAGCAAAAUGCGUGUUAACACGCGCAGUUCGUCGAAAUAUCGCGGAAUACCGAGCAAUAACGACAGUUCAGGGAAAAUGUGGGAGCAAGUAGGCUUGUCAGAAGAAAUGGACAAAGUGCAUUCGAAUAUUCAAGCUGUGCUGGAUAAUUCAAAUCUUUUAGACAGCGGUAUGUUUAAUUUAUCAGUAUGGAAACUGAAAGCGAGUUCUUUUAACUAA